GGGACCAUCUUCCCAGCUCCGAAUUUCAAUCCCAUAAUAGAUGCCCAAAUGUUAGGGGGAGCACUCCAAGGAUUUGACUGUGACAAAGACCUGCUGAUUGACAUUCUAACACAGCGCAGCAAUGCACAAAGAAUGGUGAUUGCAGAGGCAUACCAAAGCAUGUAUGGCCGGGACCUGAUUGGGGAUCUGAAGGAGCAACUUUCAUCUCACUUCAAAGAAGUUAUGGUUGGCCUCAUGUACCCACCUCCAUCUUACGAUGCUCAUGAGCUCUGGCAUGCCAUGAAGGGAGCAGGCACUGAGGAGAAUUGCCUCAUUGACAUAUUAGCUUCAAGAACAAAUGGAGAAAUUUUCCAGAUGCGAGAAGCCUACAGUUUGCAAUACAGCAAUAACCUUCAAGAGGAUAUUUAUUCUGAGACCUCAGGACACUUCAGAGAUACUCUCAUGAACUUGGUCCAGGGAACCAGGGAAGAAGGACACACAGACCCUGCUAUGGCUGCUCAGGAUGCAAUGGUCCUGUGGGAAGCCUGUCAGCAGAAGACGGGGGAACACAAAACCAUGCUGCAGAUGAUCCUGUGCAACAAGAGCUAUCAACAGCUGUGGCUGGUUUUUCAGGAAUUUCAAAAUAUUUCUGGGCAAGACCUAGUAGACGCCAUUAAUGAUUGCUACGAUGGAUACUUUCAAGAGCUGCUAGUUGCAAUUGUUCUCUGUGUCCGAGACAAACCAGCCUAUUUUGCUUACAGAUUGUAUAGUGCAAUACAUGAUUUUGGUUUCCAUAAUAAAACCAUAAUCAGGAUUCUAAUUGCCAGAAGUGAGAUAGACUUGUUGACCAUAAGAAAACGAUACAAAGAGAGAUAUGGGAAAUCUCUGUUUCAUGACAUCAAAAAUUUUGCCUCAGGGCAUUAUGAGAAAGCACUGCUUGCCAUCUGCGCUGGUGAUGUGGAAGAUUAUUAAAAUAAACAGAAGGAAAGAUUUGGAGGACAACGUACUUCUCUUUAUAGACUCAUCAAAAUAGAGACUUUCUGUUAAAUUCGUGCUAUCAUUAGCACUAUGACACAACUAUAGAAUGAUAGUUUCUCUUCUAUCUUUAAAAUUAUUCUAAGCCAAAAAAGUAUCUAUUAUUGAAUGUAGAUGAUCCUGGAUUUGCACCUGUUAAUCAAUCAGUAGUAAAUUAAAUUAUAUAUGAUGGAAUAAUAAGAAAAAAUUGUAUUGGAAUAGAAUUUAUUUAAAUGUGAGCCACAAAUAACCUACAAGAA